AUGAAGGAAUUCCCCAGGAAGUUCCUUAGCCUACGGGACAAGAGCGGCGAGCACCAUCGUAGCAAGUCUGCUCCUCCCGCAAACAAGGCCCGUCCCCUCUCAGCCGAAGCGUUCCGCGCCAUCUUCAAACCCGAUCAUGCGAGACAAACUCACAUGAACGAGCUGGAAGCUGCGAGAGAAGCCUCCAAGGUGGAGGACAUUCAACGAAGUCUGGAUCGGUUGGGCAUUACCGAUGUCACCGUCGACCAUAUCCGAGAUAUCUUGGCGACCAAGUUCGCAAAUGGGGACCCAGAGCGCACUGUACAGUUCAUCGACAUCGAGCAAAAGGCUUCGUCUGGAGUCAUUAUCCCCUACGACCCGAGUGUUCAUAUGGUUGGUGCAGAAAACCGCAGCGCCGUCACUUGUUACAUCGAUGCCCUUCUUUUUGCCAUGUUCUCCAAGCUGGAUGCUUUCGAGUGCAUGCUCAAGAACGACUUUCCGUUGGACGAUCCGAGGAAUAAGCUUGUCACACUUCUGCGCAUCUGGGUCAACAUGCUGCGGUCAGGCAAACUGAUACAUACAGAUUUGACCAAAGUAAUCCAAGAUACAAUGGCUGAAUGCGGCUGGUCCGAUGCUCGUCUUUUGGAACAGCAAGAUACCUCGGAAGCAUUUGCUUUCCUCACGGAAAAGCUGGAAUUGCCUCUACUCUCACUACAGGUCGACCUGUACCACCAAGGCAAACAAGACGAAGACGACCACAAGAUUGUCUACGAACGAUUGUUAAAUCUAGCAGUGCCAUCAGAUCCUGAUGGCAACGGCGUGAAGCUGGAAGACUGUCUAGAGGAGUACUUCAAUACCCAAGUCGACGUGCUCAGAGACAGCGAAGAAGCAAAGAAGGCAGAGGCAGACGCCACAAGUCCUAGCUUGUCGCCUAAGAUAUUGAUUCCGGUUCAGAUCCAGCUCGUGAGAGAUGGAGAAAGCGUCGCUAGCCCUGCAGUCAUGACUUCAUCUCCGCUCGAGAUGUCGUCCGCGAAGCCCCCGGCAGAUGCCCUACUGGAGAAGGACGAAGAGGAGAAUCAGGAACAAGUCAACGGAGCGAGCCAAAGCAGCCCUCUCGGAGACGUACCGCCAUCGAACGCAGCAGGCGAUCAGUCAACAGCUUCUUCCUCUAAUCCGUUGAGGAACAGAUCAGCAAGUGUCAUCCAACGAGUACUGCUUGACGACCAGGGCCGCCCAACCAGUUCCGAGAACAUUGCACGCAAAAGAACCAGUCUAAAGGGAUCUACAGUCGUCAGGGCAGUUACUAUACCUGCAUGGCAAUUCUUCCGCCUGAUCCCCUGGCACGCCGUCAAGAGCACCGAGCCGCAGAACAACGUCGAGGUCGCAAUGAACUUUGACCAGCGCCCAGUCGUAGGCAUUUGCCUGAAGCGAUAUGCCAUGACUGAGUCCGGUCGACCCCAGCGCCACAAUACGUACAUCGACAUUCCGGAGAGCAUGCGACUCCCUCACUUCAUGCUCGCCGACGGGCCGCACAUUGAAGAGGAGACGAAUGGGCUAGCGACAGAGUACAAGCUUGUUCUGCAAUCCGUCAUCUGCCACCGAGGCGAUUCUCUGCAAAGCGGCCACUACAUUGCCUUUGCCAGGGUUGCCCCGAAGCUCUUGACGGAUAACAGAAAGCAUGCCAUCGACCCACCUCCGGAUUAUGAGGAAGCACAAUGGGUCAAGUUUGACGACCUGGAAAUCGGCAAUCGAGUCACGUUUGUCGAGGAUAUAAAGGAAUCCCUGAAGGUCGAGAUGCCGUACCUACUGUUCUAUCAGAUCGUUCCUAUGGUCGACCCACCUGGUCCUUCAACAGACAGCACGGCGGGCGGGCCGCCGUCCUACGACGACUCGAGAAGCAGCCUCGAGAGGAUGCGCUCGCCAGAAGUCUCGGCUUCUACUCAAGCACUGGCUGCGCAUCAUGAACAUAAGGCCUCGGCCUCCACUCAAGCGCUGGUAACACAUCACGAGCACCAACCCUCAGCCUCCACUGGUCGUCUAGGCCAAAGUAAGCCGCCCAGCAUUCGAUUAUCCGCAGAAGUCGAGCGCCCGUCCCGCAAGUGGCUGGAGGGUAUCAGCAUGAACUUUGGAGGCUCAUACGGAGAGACGGUCAUGUCGCGUCGCCAGAGCUACGCCCUAACCGACUCCGCUGCUCAAUCGCCAGCCAUUACUCCCGACACCCAGUCGCCUGCUAUGGCACCGGUUGAUGAGCCAACAUCCUCGCGCCUGUCGCGUGCCGCAUCGCGCUUCAACUUGGGGAAGCAGAGUCGCCCGGCUAGUCAAUCGGGCGAGGGUCGUAUCAGUCUCAACUUGAGUCGCUUUGGCGGGCUGAUCUCCAAGACGAGCAAAGAGCCGCUGCCGGAACCACCAGCUCUCAACAUUUCAUCUGCGAACUCUGCGGGACAACGCAGUCCACAGCCGGGAUCCCCUACGUCGAUCGAGAAGCAGCUGCUGACCCCCUCAGGCAACGAGAAACAUGACAAAUCGGAUAAACCGGACAAGCACGAAAAGGCCGACAAGGCCGACAAAAGUGAGAAGCACAAGCAUAGAAGGAAGAAGUCCAAGGAGAAGAACGAAAAGCAGAAGUCUGGGGAUCAACCAGAGCGGGAGUGCGUGGUGAUGUGA